AUGUUAAAUCAUGGACAGUUGGAUCAUUUUUCUGACAGUAAGUCAAAGAAUGUAGUUCAAAUUUACUCUUAUAUGGCAGAUCUAGAACUUCAUUUAACACUACCACCAGUUUUAAAAGCCUAUGCAUAUUUGGCACAUAUUGCAAAAGAUGAUUCUGAAUCUUCAUAUCCUAUAUAA